AUGAGGCCACCAAAACGGGUAAAUCUGUCAAGCGGGAGGGAAGCACGAGUCAAGACUGAAAGCAAAAACUCGCCUCGUCUCACGGAUGCAGCGGACAAUGCUCACCAUACUGAGCGGCCUACUACCCCUAAAGGCCAGACCUUGAAUUCUACAAUCUACCCGACGCCUUCCUCUCCUAUCGGUGGGCUGCCUGCUAAGGAGCCUUCGUAUCAAUCUCACUUUGUCAAUCCCAAGUCCCCGAUCUGGAAUUCUGGGAACUCACUCGAGCCUGAGCUGCCUGACGACGACGAUAGAGAUCCAUCCUGGGACUCUCCCAAGUCACUAAAGAGAGGUAGAAGUUUGUCCAAAGGAGCAGACGACGAUGACCUAUAUCGUCCUCCGUCUAAGGCUGUUAAAACGGCCUUUUCCAGGCGACAGCUUCUUCUCACCGGUGCUGAUGACGGACUGAGCGAUGACGAAGAUGACGAAUACGAAUAUGAUGAUGAACGUGGUGUCUCCAAAAAAGAGACAAAAGGCGUUGUUUACGAUUUCUCUCUGGAGCGAGCCAAGCGCUGGGCUGCAGCUGUCAGUCUGCCCGAGGACGCUUGGGGUGAAGCAGAAAAAGAGCUCUUCUUCCGGCUGGCAAUGCGCGGUUUCGAGCCUCUACUGCCCCGGCACUGGCAACAUGACUUUUCGACGCUUCCUGAUACCAUGUUUUCUCUUCCCGAAGAUGAAGCAAUUCCCAUUAUUCGAGCCUUCAAGCACUCCGAUUUUCAUGCUAUCAAGUCUCUUCUCGGCUUGUUCUCUCUCGGUGGACAAGUGAGAGACUGCAAUUUUCUACGGACCAGACCAGAGGACAAGAUCAGAAGAGCAAUCAAGAAAUAUGUCCACUGGGCUAUGCGGGACGCAGAUAUACACAACAAACCCGGGACAAUCCCCGUGUAUACUAUCCGCGCCCAAAAAGAAGGAGAAUCGGUCGUUUAUGCAGUCUCAGAGCUCAACAACCGUCUAGGAAAACUAGCAAAACGGUACCACGACGCACUAGGAAUGUCACUACGCAGCACUAGUCCACGCAAAGUCAAAACAGCAGGUGCUCAGAUAAAGCAAGAACUCGACACCGAUAUGAGAAUCACUUCUCGUCGCAAUUUUCCCCUCUUAGUCGGCUUCGUGAUAUGCGGUCCAAUUGUUGCCAUCUUGACUCUCGACACCGAUCCGCUGAGUCCAAAGGGUUGGGGCGAGGGUACGGGGAGCAAGUUCAUCUCUCAGUUUGAUGUUGGAGAGCGGGGACAGGAUGUUUGGACUUCAUUGGCUCUUGCGAUUACGAUUAUGCAUAUUCGGAAGACUGUGAUACAGUUGGCGGAUGGUGGUAAGGGUGGGUUUUGUAGGAAUGGGGGAGAUGUGCUUGUUGGUGAGGAUGAGGAUCUUUGA